AUGGACCAAGACCAGACAAUGCUCCAAGGAGAGGAUGGCCACCAAAGCCAUGAGAUAUUCUAUCCCAGGAGGAAAAUGGUCAACUCAGAUGCCAACGACAAAUACGAAUUUAAUGAUGAGGAGUACUCGGAGGAGUUUUUGAGGAGGCUAGAUAAGGCUGAAAGCAAUGUCAUAGCCAAGCUCAAGCAAUUGAAAGCAGAAGCAGACACCUGCAAGAAAUGUCUUGUAGACCUGCAGGAGGCUGCGAAUCAUCCGCUUAGCUGUACGAACCAUUCUUUUUCAUUGCAACAUGAGAUACUCAUAUUUUCCUAUAGAACCAUUCUUUAA